AGCGCUGUAGAAAACAACCUCCAAGCAACAACAGCAUUGUAGCAAAGUGACAAUGUCGAAGCAAUAUUUGACCACCCAUACGGUGGACGACGCCCAUAUCACAGACAUAUUCUCGCUGGCAGCAACACAAAAGACACUGCUCUCAGCCAGUGGCUCUUCAACGCUUCACGUACAUGAUACCACUGACCCUUCUUUCCCUCUGAAGCAGUCCAUCUCUGGUGCCCACAAGCUAGGCUGCCACCACAUCUGCACAUCGCGCAACGGCCUCUACGCCGCCAGUGCUGGCUUCGGGGGCGAGGUCAAGAUAUGGGAGUAUAACAAAGAGACUGGCGAGUGGAGCGACGGCGGCGAAGUUACGGGUCCAACGGUCAAACCAGGUGAAGUAUGGGCGAUUGCUCUCAGCGAGGAUGGAGGCUACCUGGCGGGCACCACCAACGAUGGCAGAAUCAACGUGUGGGACGUCGCGGAUCGGAGCAGAGCCAAGAUUCGCGAAUACGAAACGGGCAGCGCGGGCUCAGGCAGCUUUGGCAUGUGCGUGGAUCUCAGUAGGGAUGGGAAAUUCACGGCAAGCGGGCAUCAGAAUGGCUCGGUCUACGUGUUCAACAAUGAUACGGGGAGGAUUCUAUAUUCCCUGUCCGGCCUUGCCAAGCCCGUCCGAGCAGUAGCGAUAUCGCCUGCUGGCACUCGAGUGGCCGCCGCGGGUGAUGCAGGCAUCAUCGCCCUUUAUGAUACAAAGCACGGAGAACACGUGGGCAACCUUACGGGACAUUCAUCAUGGAUCACGUCACUCGACUGGAGUGAUACUGGAGAAUACCUCCUUAGUGGCUCAAUGGAUGGGAAAGUGAAGGUAUGGUCAAUUGAGCGCGGUGUUUGUGUAGCAACACACAGCGAGACGGAUAAGGCCUUGUGGGCCGUCCGGUGGCUGCCCAAGACUGCACGCAGUGAGAUGUUCUGCACUGGUGGCGCAAACAGGAGCAUUUCAUUCUAUAGAGAGGCAACAGGAAGUUGAGAUUAUCUCGGGCAGAGCAGAUUAGAACAAUAUCUUGGCGUUAUAUUAGUAGGUACGCAAUGAACAUGAAAGCGACCUCAUACCUCGUUGAAACUGG